GCCCAAACAAAAAUGCCCCACUCCGCAAAAUCCCCUCUCCCCAUCGCCCUUUACGAAACCCUCAGGAAGAAAUACAACUUCAUUCGCAUUUUCCCCAUUCACCAGUGCUAAAUCGUCUUUGAGUCAGUGCGGUCACUCAAUUCAGAAAUUCUUGGCAAUUCUCCCAGUUCCCAGGUGAAUAAAGUGAAUACAAGUGCUCGAAUUUAUUUAUAAAAUUAAUAGCACGCGGUGUUUUUCCUUAAAAAGAUUGAUUGUUUCUCCAUUCAAAGACAGAGUGUUCCCGGUUGUUAUGGAUACGAAUGGACGUCCUCACGCCACACAAAACCCCAAACAAAAUUCAUAACCUCGCACCAAGUGCAAUCCACUCUAUCAUACCCUCAAUCCCAGAAGAUUCAAUUCCCGAAAUGACUCUAUCACCCUCGAAACUCCAAAAAAUCGGCGUCAACAGAUUUAAACUGACCUUGAAGUCCUCCUCGAAGUGUCUUCUCCGCAGGAACUUCCAGCACCUGGUAUUUCACCCAGACGAAGAGACCGUUGCAGGUGUCGACACAAAAGGCAUCCUCUACCUCUUGGAGUUAGUCUCUUCGGAAUGGUCCGUGAAGAGAUUGGGGUCAGUGGGUCAAUCGACCUUUGUCGCAUUCACCCCUUCUCAAAAGACUGAACUGCUGAUUGGUCUCACUUCCAAAGACAUAAAACUCCUCUCGACAACCUCCCCCGACAAGUACUGCAUGCUGAAGGGUCACCAGGUCCCCCCAACCUGGAUCUCUUUCUACAAGAACUACUGCCUGACAGCUUCCCGAAAAGAAGCAAUAAUCUGGAAUAUAGAAACAGCAAAAAAGGUACACCAACUCCGACUCGAAACCAAUAACUCCUCCAUCAGAAAAGCCCUCAUUUCCCCAAACGGAGUGAUUGCAGUCCUCUACGACACCGAUGUCAUUCAAUCCUGGAUGUUUGAGCUCUUCUCCUCGGAAAAUCGCAUCUCAAUAACUCAGAAUGGCCUUCGCAACGCGAAAGACUUCAUCUUCACGGAAAAUGGGAGAUCCCUGAUUAUCUGCGGUAGCAAACGAAAAAUACUGAUCUUCAAUACGAGAUCCUGGAGCCUGACGUCUAGAUUAGAGCUGCCUGAGGGUAAUUCAGUGGCUAGGAGAUUGUUUAUCGUUCCUCAGGACGUCGAUUGCGGCUGUCGAGUGCUUGCCAUUUUAUUUGAAGAUGGAAACCUGCGAUUUUUCGAUUUAUCAACGAAAUCAUUUGUAGAAACUUCAAAUGGGAGUCUGGGAGGUGUGAGGAAGGCUGUGGUGUCCCCUGGAGGCCAGUGGCUUGCGACAAUUGGAUUCGACGGUUUCCUGGAGCUGCUGUCCGUCGAUGGAAUCAUCAGACCCACCCCAAAGCCCCAGAAAAAGCUCUUGAAACCUGAGACAACGAGUCAUGGGGUUGGUGAUCACCUGAAAUAUGUCAGGGAAGAGUUCCAGGAGGAGCUAGAGGUGAAGAGACUAAUUCCUAUACUCAAGGAGUUCGGGGAAUACCCAGAACGCCACAGGGCCCUCAUCUGGAAGACGAUCUUGAGACUUCCGGAGAAUAGAGGGGAGUACUUCAGCCUCUCGGAGAAGGUCCUCCUGGAGACGGAGGUGGAGAUGCUGAGGGAGUGGAAAUUGGUAGACAAGAGUAGGAAGAUGAUGCUGUCGGUGACGAUUGAGAGGCUCAUACAGUUCUGCCCACUUCUGGGGCAGACGUUGUUCCUGCCGGAGUUGAUUUUUCCAUUUGUUGUGGCAUUUGGGAGGAAUCCUGUUGCUGCAUUUGAAGCCAUUCUCUCCAUUCUGUGGAAUUUCUGUCAAAAGUGGUUCGAGUAUCAUCCUUUGCCUCCUAUCAAUGUCCUGGGAAUCGUGGAGAAUAUAUUGGGAGAGGUAGACCCUGGCCUGUUGGAGUUUUAUUGCCGACAUGGAGUAACUUCUGGGGAAUAUGCUUGGCCACUCCUGAAGACCAGUUUCAGUGAGGUUUUGGUUGGAAGGGAGUGGAUGGUCUUGUGGGAUCAUCUCAUCACAUCUGGGAGGCCCUCGUUGCUGAUACUCUCUGUUGUUGCCUAUAGUCUGGUCAAUAAAGAGGCUAUUGUGGGAGCUUUGGAGACGAAGGAAGAUCUUAAGGCAUUUUUUGGAAGCCAGGGGAGUGUCUCUGCGAGGAAGAUCAUCAGGGUAGCUGAGAGAAUUGAUAAGGAGGUGUCAGAGAAAAAUCAUCCUAGGAAAUAUUUGAGGGAUAGUCUGAAAUUUCUGCCUGAAUCUGGACCUUAUCCGCCGUUUUUACUCAAAGAAUACCCGAAAUUUUUAAUUGGGAAUUUGGGAAAUGCCAAACAACUGAUAGACAUGAAGCAAGAGGAAUUCCUGUUGAAGGAGGAGAGGAGAAAGAUGACCAGAGAAUUGGAGGAGAGAAAAGUGAAAGAAGAAAGCGAGAAUUUUCUGCAAGAAAUUCAUCAACAGAGGCUUCAAGAGCUCCAAAAGUGUUAUAACGAGCAACUCAAACUGACAAAGAUGAAUUUGGACUCUGAACGCGACAAAUUAACGAAAUUAUCAUCCGAAAAUUUCCUGCAUUCUUCGAGGAGUGGAAUAACGAAACCAAGAAGUGUCAAAAGUAAAGUGAUCCGUACAAGAUCACACGGGAAGAGGGAUAUUUACGAGAAACUCGUGGAAGAUGUGGAUACCCUGGAAGAAGAGGUAGAAACAUUCCUUCAAGGUCUCAGGAGCUCGAGAUGAAAAAUAAAACGAAAAUCUCAAAUUUCCAUUCGUUGAUACCUAAAGAGAGUGAACUCUCCAUUGUAAAUAACUGAUAUACAAUAUAAAUUUAAUAUUUUCAAAA